GAAACAGCCGAGGAGGGAAGUAUCUAGAGAAUGAAUUCAUGGAAUUGUUUCGCGUAUGCAGGAAAUGGGCUAAUGCGAGAUCGCCGGCCGUGAUUGGCUGCCGCCACCAGCCCAAAUAUUGAGAGAUGGAUCACUCAUGGAGUCAUUACAUGUUCCAUUCCAUGGAAGUCAUCCUUGAUCUCUCCUCUCGCUCGAGUCGGUCAGCCGUAUCGCAGGUGGGAUCAAGCAGGAUUCAUAAGAUUGCCAACCUAGCCGAUUUUCAUCGGGCGAAUAACCCCGGGACGCAGAACCGAAACUCGGCCUUUGCUCCGGGUAACUUGGAUCCCACAUUUCCAAAGCCUAUGCACACAUGCCCACUCAUUAGGUACACAUGCUGUUUUGGAAGUGGUAUUAAGUCACCCAAGUUCGGCCCCCGCCUGGAUAAAUCGGCACGCUGUCACACCCCCAGACACGCUAAGGCCGUCAUCCUUUAUCCUCCAAUCGUGCUUAUGCAAAGGCCCUCUGCAAUAACCACAAUUGUGAAGCACUGGGGGCCGGUCAUGCUCCUCUUCAUGCUCGUGUUCCAACUUCUGCGACCCCCCGACAACACAUAGGGUCAUGUUCCUGGGGAAGAGGUCCUCCAGGCUCCGUAUCCUCGGCAAGCGACUCCAUGUCUCCAUCACUCUACCCGGAACCCACUCGCCGUGUAUCCAGUAGGCUUCCGUCCCACGAUGGGGCCUCACCCAAAGCCCGGUUCACUCGACUGUCUUGAUUCCCACUUCCAGGGGAUCAGUCAACAUGAAUGGCCGCCGCCAAGUGGAUCCUGGCUCGGUUUUCGUUGAUUCUGCUUUUCUAGCUCUCAAGCUUACUCUUAGCCGCGC